CAAUUUUCAGGCUCUAUCAUCAUGUCAAACACUCCGGAAUCCUCGAUUUUCGGGAAAAUGACUUCCCGUGCGGCUGGAAAGCGGCAAAUCAAGCCAACUGCAAUUCUAUUCGCCACACUUACGGAAAACCACACUUCUGACGAGGAAGACGACGAUUUUGAGGUUAAUCCGGCGGAAAAUGACGCCAAAACCGGCUCCGAAGCGGAUUCCGGCUCAGAUUCUCAGGAAAAUAGUGAUGAAGAAGAGUCUGAAGACGAGGAAAAUGAUGAGGAAGAAGCUGAAAGUGCUGAAAGCUCGGAAAAACCCGAAAGAACUCCGUCUGCAGAGAAAGACGCCGUGAUCUGCGGAGUUUGCAUUAAUCAGCGAAAUAUUGUGGCUGCCGGAGACUUUUUGCAGUGUCAAAAAUGCGGUAUAAAUGUACACGAAUCGUGUUACGGUACCCUCCCGGGCGGUUCAGAUGAUGCUUCGUGGUACUGUGAACCAUGUUUAUAUGGAUUAACACUACCACCACACUGUGAAUUUUGUCCAUCACGUUUUGGAGCAUUUAAAAGAGCCGAUAUUCGUGGAAGAUGGGCUCACGCUAUUUGUGCUCUCUAUACACACGGUGUUAAUUAUGCACAGACUCAUACCCGUUGCGGUGUCUCCUGGGAACAUCUGGACAACAAUGCUCACUUUGGCCGUCGAACGUGCACCGCGUGUACCGACAAAAUCGAGGCUCGCUUCGGAAUCGCAUCCCGUUGCGAGUCAGGAAUGUGCAAAGAGUAUCUCCACGUAACAUGUGCUCAGAAGCUGGGGCUUCUGGUCGAUGAAACAGACGAUAAUGAUACAGAAAUCGCUGUAAUGCGUUAUUUUUUCUGCAAAAAGCACACAAAUCGCGACAAUUUGAAGCCAUAUCAACGGAAAUUCGAUGAUUGGGAAAAGUCAGAAGCCCGUCGGAUUACUGUAAAUCGCCGGCUCCGCUCCGGAGAGCUCGAGAAAAAUGAGCAAAAAGAGCACAAAGAGCUCAGAGUGAAAAUGCGUGAAGAAAUCGAUAAAGUGAUCGAAGAAGAGUGCAAAAAUAAGCCGAAAGGCGAUAUUUCGGCCGGCGAAAAGCCCAAACAAGCCCGCUUGCUCAACUCGUCGGCCGAAUUUUUCGAUCGCUUCGAGACCAAAGCUGAAGAGGCGGGCCUAUCGAGAAAAGAGUUUCGAGACCCGUUUUUCAAUAUUAAGCUUAACAGUGGAUCACAUGUUCCUAUUGGGUUUUCGAAAGAAUAUAUUGAUUUCAUGCAAAUCCGCGACUCACAAAUAAUCCCAGAAGAAGAGGAAAAACUCCGAAAAUCACGUGAACUGCUAGCCGAAACCAAGGCAAAUCAGGAGAAAAAGUCGUCUCAAAAGCAUCUUGUCGAACGAUUUUCGGCCAACGAGGAGCUCAUUGAGCAGAAGCUCACCUCAAUCGAAAAGCUUCAUCAAUUGCUCACAGAGCUCGGCGGUGACUCGGGUCUUCUUCUCAGCGAUUUCAAUAAUCGACAGAGUUGCUCGCGGAGCUCACCGGCUAUAAUUGCACCGAAAAAGAUGAAUUACACGUGUGUUGUGUGCCGAAAGAGUACGGAGCAACAUAAACAGACACAAUGUGAUGAGUGUCAUAAAAGUUAUCAUAUUGGAUGUCUGAGCCCUCCGUUGACUCGGCUACCGAAACGAAAUAAUUUCGGAUGGAUUUGUCAUGAAUGCAAUGAGUCUAGUGAUAGUGAACAGGAAAUCAUUCCGGAAGCAUCCGAAUCUACCACCCGCUCCGUCAGAAGCCGCCGUCCUCCAGCUCGACUUUCAGCGUUUAUUAAUCAUUGAAAAAGGAUUUUAAUUUUUUGAAAAAUGUUUUUAUUUUGUCUCCCAAAAAUCAACAAUUUUUACAAACAACUUGUUUAAAUUAAAUUAAAUUAUUAAGUUUUAUAU